AUGUCCUAAUAUUUAGUUUGCCGCACAUAAUUGCUAGACAUGACAACUCCACCAAUACAAAAUUCUAUUCAAAGAUACUUAGAAACAGUAUAAAUACAUCUUUUUCUUGCUGGGUUCUGUUCACCAUCCAUCAAGAUACUCUUGUUAAUUAAUUGGCGAAUCAAUUAAAGAUUCGACAAAGCACCUUUCCCUAUAUAGUACUCACAAAAGACUCGACUGCAUACCUCAAAAUUUCUGAAACUUGUCUUCUCACUUGCUCUGUUUCAGUAUGAGCAGUCUUCAAUGGUGUUAUUCUCAUAAGAUCAUAAUCUUGACAUCCCUUCUUCUUGUUUCACUUCCCGCGGUGGUUACCGGAGAGUGCACUUGCAAUGAUGAAUCCGAGCACCGGAAUAAAACCGAGGCCCUUAAGUACAAACUGAGCGCCAUAGCUGCUGUUCUUGUUUCUGGUGGCAUUGGUGUGAGUCUCCCACUUCUUGGCAGAAAAAUCGAGGCUUUACGCCCCGAGAAUGAUAUAUUCUUCAUGAUCAAAGCAUUUGCAGCUGGUGUGAUUUUAGCAACCGGGUUCAUUCACAUCCUUCCGGAAGCAUUCGAGACUUUGACAUCUCCUUGCCUUAGCCACAAUCCAUGGGGGAAAUUUCCCUUCGCGGGAUUUGUCGCAAUGGUGGCUUCGAUUGGGACGCUCACGGUGGACACAAUUGCAACCAGUUUCUACAAAAAAUUGCACUUCAACAAGAUUAAACAGGUGAACGUGGACGAAGAGGCUAGUGACGAACACGCUGGACAUGUACAUGUACACACUCACGCCACACACGGUCAUGCUCAUGGGGCUGCAAUUUCGAAUAGUGAGACUGGCUUUCUUGAUCUUGUCCGGCAGCGCAUAAUAUCACAAGUUUUGGAAUUGGGAAUUUUGGUGCACUCAGUGGUAAUAGGAAUUUCACUGGGGGCUUCAGAUAGCCCUGAUACAGUAAAGACUCUAUUGGCAGCCCUAUCAUUUCAUCAGUUCUUUGAGGGUAUGGGACUUGGUGGCUGCAUCUCACAGGCCAAAUUCAAGUCUCUAACGACGGCAGUUAUGACGCUCUUUUUCUCCUUCACUACCCCAGUUGGAAUCGCGAUUGGAAUUGGAAUAUCGAAUGUGUACAAAGAAAAUAGCCCGACUGCUCUUAUUGUUGAAGGGAUUUUGAAUUCGGCUUCGUCCGGGAUACUGAUUUACAUGGCACUUGUUGAUCUGCUAGCAGCAGAUUUCAUGAAUCAUAGGAUGCAGAGCAGCGUUAGACUUCAGUUGGGAGCACAUAUUUCACUUCUACUAGGUGCUGGAUGUAUGUCUUUUCUGGCCAAAUGGGCAUAAUUUCCCUGUCCCUUUUAUGUCCCAUUUUCCUCUAUCUUAUGGUUUUCUCAUGGAAAGUUCCUGUACGGCUGUACCCACUAAUAACAAGGCUAGUUUUAUGUUUAAUAUUAA